AUGUCAUCGUCAACGCAAAGACCUCUUCAUGGAAAGAAAAAACUACCAGAGGAAGAAGAUGCAACUAAAUUAAAAUUCGGAGAAGAUUUUGAAAAUGAAGAAUUUCUUUUUGUGUCAGAAGUAGCAUCUUUAAUCGGAAGAGUUCCUGAUAAUCAAAAAAAUACAGAUGUUUAUCAAAAAACAUUGGAAUAUGUAAACACAUUUACAAAAUUUCAUAAUGAAGAAUCAUUAAGAGAAUUAAGAAAAACUUUAAUGAAAUAUAAAUUACAUAAAUAUGAGUUGGCUCAAUUAGCCAAUUUAUGUUGUGAAGAAGUAGAUGAAGUACGUUCUUUAGUACCAAGUUUACAGUCAAGACCUGAAGAAGAACUUCGUGCUAUGAUUGAUGAUAUUUUAUCUUUAAAGAAAUAUCAAAGCUAG